CAACCUGACCAGUUCGAAUUCGAACUUGAAAAAGCGCUCUCUUCUCUUUGCCCACCGAAACUGGAACUGAAACCUCUCUCUCUCUCUCUCUCUCUCUCUCUCUCUCUCCGCUUUUGAAACCUCAUUUUCCCGCGGUUUCUCGACUCACAGUCACACAAACACACAGGCACUUUUUCUACGGCGAAGAUGGAAGCUCUGUACGCGAAGCUCUACGAUAAGUACACUAAACUCAAGAAGAGAAAAUGGUCUGAGUUGGAUAAGCUAAAUAAAGAUCAAGAAGUGAAAUUUGUGACUUAUGUGAAUGCUGCAGAGGAGCUGAUACAACACCUGAAAAACGAAAAUGACCAGUUGCGUGCUCAGGUUGAUGACUUGAGAAGUGAAGUGUCUUCGAUUAGGUCCGCCAAAGAUGAUCAAUUUACUGAAUUCCAAAAUCGUUUAAUGGAAGAGAGCCAGAAGAAUAAAGCUCUUUCUGAAGAAGUAGAGAAGCUCAGUGUACUACAACUAGAGGGAAAUUUUGGCAGUUCAAGGGUUGGCAGAAAUGACAACGGACGUCUGAAUACACCUAAAGUUACAAGAUCAGUGUCCAACAGCCCAUACAGAAUAAUGACCAGAAGACGUAGCAGGCUUUUUAGUUCUGAGAGUCAAGAUGAUGCCAUGCAAGUGCAACAAGAAUCAGAGAAAAAUUUAUUAACAGAAACUGUGCCCAGUGGUGCUCUCUUAAAUGUUCAGCAGCCGGAAUGCUGUAGAAGAACUGCUAACACAUCAGGUGGUGGAAUGAAUGAAAGGGGCUCAGUUAACUGCUUGUUUCAAGCUUUUGUUGAGUACUUGGUGGGUAUGAAACUAUCUGCUGUUACUCAAACUGAGGGAAUGUCUAUUUCAGCCCUGCACCAAUCAAGUGGGUACUCAUUCAGUCUUACAUGGGUAGACACAGCUGCUGGAGAGGAAGCAGAACUGUUGUACCGUGUCUCAUCAUUGGGGACAUUUGAGAGAGUAGCACCAGAAUGGAUGAGAGAGGUCAUUCUCUUCAGCACAAGCAUGUGCCCUAUCUUCUUUGAAAGGGUAUCCCGUGUCAUCAGACUGCACCACUAAUGGUCCUCUUCUUAGUUUAGAUUGUUGUUUUUGACAAUCUGAAAUACUGCAAGUAUUUGUAAAUCAACACCUGUGGCAAUGGACUUGCGAUGGGCUAGUCUAAUUAUCUUCUUGCUGUAGAUUAGGUAGUGGUAUGGUAGAUUUUCUCGUAGAUUAGGGAACUUCAAGAAAACUUUGUGAUCUUCUAUGUAAAUUCAAUGACUCAGAUAUAUUGGUUGACAGUAUGAAUUUCUAGAGAUAAACAAAUCUCAGAAUGUAUUUGAUAUACAACUUGCUUAUAUAAAAGCAGUGGUUAUCUUUAAAACUUA